GUGUGCAGCUGCAGCUGCUGGGCGCCAGCGUGGCGCCCGCUCGGGAGCGUCACUGGCGCGGAGGGCCUCAGCUAAUGGGCCCGGCCGUGGUCCUUUGGCCGGACUUCGCCCCUUCCCUUGCAGAGCUGCGGAAGAAGCUGCCAGCCCCAGAGUGCAUUUCCAUUGCCGCAGACAGCUCCCUCGAACUCCGCGGGUCGGGUCUCAUCUUGGAGCACCUGGACUUGCAGGGCGCCUUGCGAGUGGUGGCAGGCCCUGGCGUGGCUCUUCGUAUCCGCAGCGUAACCGUCCGCAAUCGUGGACGGGAGUUUGUGGCCCUCAGUGACGCCGAGCAGGACGGGGAGGCACCGGAAGAGCUUCGCAUCCGCGGCUAUCGCU